CAACGGCAGCAGGAGGACCGGCCGCCCUGUAGACCCCCCCGCGCACCACCCCUGCUGCUUCCUCUGCUUGGGUGCUUUUCCGGCCUGACUUCCCCUUUCUCCUAUCUUUCCCGGCACCGCGGGAAAAACAGCGCAGGGCAGAACAGGCAGGGAGGGCGGUCGGAGCCCGGACACGGGAGCCUCCCAGUCAGUUCAAGACCCGACAUGAGGGAAAAGGGCCGUAGGAAGAAGGGCAGGACCUGGGCGGAGGCCGCCAAGACGGUCUUAGAAAAAUACCCCAAUACACCCAUGAGUCAUAAAGAAAUUCUUCAAGUUAUCCAGAGAGAAGGACUAAAAGAAAUCAGAAGUGGGACUUCCCCUCUUGCAUGCCUGAAUGCGAUGCUACACACAAACUCCCGAGGUGAAGAAGGUAUCUUCUAUAAGGUUCCAGGUAGAAUGGGAGUGUAUACAUUGAAGAAAGAUGUGCCGGAUGGGGUGAAAGAGCUAUCAGAAGGUUCAGAAGAAAGCAGUGAUGGUCAGUCAGAUUCCCAGAGUUCUGAGAACAGCAGCAGCAGCAGUGAUGGUGGCAGCACCAAGGAAGGGAAAAAGAGCAGGUGGAAAAGGAAAGUAUCGUCUAGACUGUCACAGCCAUCCUCCCCCCAGUCAGGCUGUCCAUCACCCUCCAUUGCAGCAGGUAAAGUCAUUUCUCCAUCACAGAAGCACAGCAAGAAGGCACUAAAGCAGGCACUAAAGCAGCAACAACAGAAGAAGCAGCAGCAGCAAUGUAGAUCAAGCAUGUCCAUCUCUUCCAACCAGCAUCUUUCUCUAAAGACUGUCAAAGCAACCAGUGACUCGGUGCCUGCCAAGCCUGCAAUAUGGGAAGGAAAGCAAUCUGAUGGACAGUCAAGCAUCCCCCAGAACUCAAAUUCCAGCUUUUGUUCUUCAGUUAAAGUGGAAAAUCCUUUGCUAGGCUUGGGGAAGAAGUCAUUCCAGAGGUCUGACAGGCUCCACACAAGACAAAUGAAAAGAACUAAAUGUGCUGAAAUCGAUGUUGAGACACCAGACUCCAUUCUGGUUAAUACAAAUCUGCGAGCAUUGAUCAACAAACACACCUUUUCAGUUUUACCUGGGGAUUGCCAGCAGCGGUUACUUCUCCUACUUCCAGAAGUGGAUCGACAGGUUGGUGCAGAUGGUUUGAUGAAGUUAAAUGGUUCAGCCCUUAAUAAUGAGUUCUUUACUUCAGCAGCCCAAGGCUGGAAGGAGAGACUCUCAGAAGGUGAAUUUACACCUGAGAUGCAGGUGAGAAUUCGACAAGAAAUUGAAAAGGAGAAAAAAGUGGAGCCAUGGAAAGAACAAUUCUUUGAAAGCUACUAUGGUCAGAGCUCUGGCCUGAGCCUUGAGGAGUCAAAGAAAUUGAUAGCUUCUACAAGUGAUCCCAAAGUAAAGAAAAUCCCUGCUGAGCAACCAAAAUCCAUGCUUCCUUCAGAAGCCUCUCCUAUCAGAAUAGUCCCAGCAGUUCCCCAAUCAGAGUCUAAAGAAGAAGUAGUACAAAUGCCAUCUCCAGUGAAAAAAGAAGAGACUGAGAGCCAAGAUACGGUGCACCCAAACUCCUCCCAAUCCACAGAGCUCUUACUUUCCUCAGUUAGUAAUACAGAUGAGUUUAGCAGCACUCUUCCUAUCAAAUGCCUAAAGGAUGAGGAUCUCAUGGAACAGAAGCCAGUUGCCACUGCUGAACAGGAGUCUGAGAAAGAGAAUCAGCUCACCACACCUUCUAAUUGUAACAAAAGUGAAAGCCAAGAUGCUCUAGUUACAUCCCCAAGCAAACCCAAGAGUCCUGGAGUGGAAAUAUCAAUUAUGAAGCCCAUAGGAGAAGCAGGUCCACAGGACACAAGUAUGAAACUGCCUCCAUCAACUCCUGUUGAUCAGAGCCCGGAAGGUCUCAAGAGGAAAUCUCCUCUCACCCAAGAGGAGCCCCCUGUCAGCUGGGAAAAGAGGCCACGUGUCACUGACAAUUGCCAGCACCAACAGCCAUUUCAAGGCUCGCCACAGCCCUUUCUCAAUAGAGGGGACAGACUACAGGUGCGAAGAGUCCCACCACUCAAGAUCCCGGUCUCCAGAAUCUCCCUCGUGCCAUUUCCUACAUCGCAGGUCUCUCCCAGGGCUCGUUUUCCAAUCUCCCUCAUUAGUCCUAACAGAACCGGAGCCAGAACCCUUGCAGACAUCAAAGCAAAAGCCCAACUGGUCAAAGCACAGAGGGCAGCUGCUGCAGCUGCCGCCGCCGCUGCUGCAGCUGCCACAGUUGGAGGGACCAUUCCAGGACCUGGCCCAGGGGGUGGACAAGGUCCCGGAGAGGGUGGUGAGAGGAAAACUGCUAGGGGAGGGAGUCCAGGCCCAGACAGAGCCAAUGAAACUAGAAAGGGGGCCCCCACACUGGAACUGGCAGGAACUGGAAGCAGGGGAGGUACGAGAGAACUUUUACCCUGUAGUCCAGAGACUCAGCCCCAACCCGAGACCAAGAACCCUGGCCAGACACAGCCUCCUAGUGUCUCUGGAGCACAACUACAGCAAACCCCCUCAGUGCCUCCUCCAUCUGCCACCAGUGGAGCCUGCACAAGUGUCCCAUCACCAGCCCACACUCACCCACCCCCAGCAGCUUUAGAGAGGCUGAAUAGUGAAAAACUGAACCCUACCAGGACAACAGCCCCAGUGGCCUCUCAAAGCCACCCACAAGGGUCCAGUAAUUGCAUACAGGAGAACGUGUCUCCUACUCUCUUAGGCCCUGCUCUAAUCUCAGGUGCCUCACCUGUUCACUGUGUGGCUGAUGGCACAGUUGAGCCAAAAGCAGGUUCUAGUAAGAAUAUGCCAAACCCUUCAACCUCAACAGAAGCAAGUGCUAGUGCCCCAGUGGCUAUGGCUCCUCCUCUGGCAUCUGUGUUGACAACAGCCUCUUUAGAAAAGCUUCCUCUCCCCCAGGUCACUGCAACCAUAGCACCUACUGCAUCAGCUCCAUCCUCAAGCACUCUGCCAGCAGUUUCUAGCCUUAAACCCACAGGAACUUCUGCAACUAUAGAUGGGCCUAUUGCCAGACCAAAUUCUAGUAUCCCUGCUAAUAAUCCUUUGGUCACUCAGCUACUCCAGGGCAAAGAUGUUCCCAUGGAGCAGAUCCUUCCUAAACCUCUCACCAAAGUUGAAAUGAAAACUGUUCCACUGACUAAAGAGGAGAAAGGAGCAGGAGCACCCAUAGGAACCAACGUAACAGAAAGUAGCACAGGGGAGGCUGUACAACAGCUGGGUAAAACAUUGCAAAGUAUGCAGCUACCCCCGAUUCCAAGGACCCAUCAGCUUUUUUCAGCUAAAGAUCGUAGGGACUCUAGCACUGACCCACACUCAUACCAAGAAGGACUGAGUAAAACAACCCAAGAUCAGAUCCUUCAAACUCUCAUCAAAAGGGUUCAGAAGCAGAAUGUUCUCCCCGUCCUACAGCCCAAUCAAUUCAACUUUGCUCACUCAGGUUUCCAGUUUGAAGACAUCUCCACAAGCCAGAGGUUCAUGCUGGGUUUUGCUGGCAGAAGGACAUCAAAGCCUGCAAUGUCAGGCCACUAUUUACUUAACAUUUCCACCUAUGGCAGGGUUUCAGAGAGCUUUAGGAGGACCCAUUCUGUAAACCCUGAAGACCGUUUUUGUUUAAGUAGCCCAACUGAGGCCUUGAAAAUGGGAUAUACAGACAGUAAAAAAGCAACAGGAGAAAGUAGCAGUGGCAAAGAAGAUGAUACUGAUGAGGAGAGUACUGGUGAGGAGCAGGAAUCUCUCCUGGUGAAGAAGGAGGCUCCAGCUUCCAAGAGUUCCGACAAGUGUGAAGCCAGGCUCCACAGUAGGGAAGCCCUAUCCACCAAUGAUUGCUUAGCUAACAAGAAUGUGAAGGCAGAGACAGUGAAUGAGCAAACCACUUUAAGCAAAGAGAAUUACGUGUUCACUAGAGGCCAGGCGUUCGAUGAAAAGACUCUAGCCAGAGAUUUUAUUCAAGCAGCACAGAAGCAAAUGGCUCAUGCAGUAAGAGGUAAGAUGAUGUGUGGCAGCCCUGAGCUUUUCAGUUCUACUGCUCUUCCUAUACCUGCAGACAGCCCCACCCAUAAGCCUCUGCUCCUUCCACCACUGCAAACCCCAAAGUUAUAUGGGAGCCCCACACAGAUAGGGCCAAGCUACAGAGGCAUGAUCAACGUCUCCACCUCAUCUGAUAUGGACCAUAGCUCUGCUGUACCGGGUAUGUCUGACUGUAGUCAGGUCUCUAGCAAUGUAGGUGAUGUUAUGUCCUUCUCAGUGACUGUCACUACCAUCCCAGCCAGCCAAGCUAUGAAUUCCAGCAGCCAUGGGCAGACCAUUCCUGUUCAGGCCUUUCCUGAAGAGAACAGCAUAGAGGACACGCCUUCAAAAUGUUACUGCCGAUUGAAAGCCAUGAUCAUGUGCAAAGGGUGUGGUGCUUUCUGCCAUGACGAUUGCAUUGGCCCCUCCAAACUGUGUGUCUCCUGCCUUGUUGUUCGGUAG